AUGGCCAAGGCGCUGACCCCCAGGCGCGCCCCGGCAGACCCCCGGGCUGAGCCGGAGCUUGGCAAGAAGCCACCUCGGAAGAAAAGCAGGAAGAAGAGAGUCUGGAAAAGCAAAGGGCGAGAAGCAAGCGGGACACCGGGAGGCGGCGCCGGGGUCGUCGUCGUGCGGCCUCCAAAGGCGCCAGAGGACUUUUCCCAAAACUGGAGGGCGCUGCAGGCGCUCCUGAAACAAAAAACACAGGCCCUGGAAAAGCCUCUUGCCUCUCAGACGGAUUCCAAAAAGCAGCCCAAGAUCAUCCAACAAAAGAGAAAAGUGAUCCCAGAUACAGCCCAGAGAAGUGAGAUGGGAUCGGAGACCACGGACCCCGAGGUCGCCAGGGCCUCUGUUCCUUCAAUAUCUCCAAGGAACAGGAAGGUGCCGGCCCCCCGCACCAAGGCCAGAGGACCAGAGCACAGUGAGAAAGGAGGCAAAAAAAGGACAAACGGUGACAUUUCUCCAAAAGGAGGAGACGUCAAGCGUAAGAAGCGGAAAGCUAAGGAGGUGACCGUGGCCUUGACUCCGGCCUUGCCCACCGAAGACGACAUCUGGUUUGAUGACGUGGACCCCGCAGAUAUCGAAGCGGCCGUGGGCCCCGAGGCAGCCAGGGUAGCAAGAAAGCAGCUGGGGCAGAGCGCAAGCAGCACCACGCUGGUGAAGGAGCAGGCCUUCGGCGGCCUGACUAGAGCCUUAGCCAUGGAUUGUGAGAUGGUGGGCGUGGGCCCCAAGGGGGAAGAGAGCGUCGCCGCCCGAGUGUCCAUCGUGAACCAGUAUGGGAAGUGUGUCUAUGACAAGUACGUCAAGCCCACCCAGCCGGUGACGGACUACAGGACGGCGGUCAGCGGGAUACGGCCAGAGAACCUCAAGCAGGGAGAAAAAUUUGAAGUUGUCCAGAAGGAGGUGGCAGACAUGCUGAAGGGUCGGAUUCUGGUGGGACACGCGCUGCAUAACGACCUGAAGGUGCUGUUUCUCGAUCACCCAAAAAAGAAGAUUCGGGACACACAGAAAUACAAACCUUUCAAGAGUCAGGUGAAGAGUGGAAGGCCGUCUCUGAAGCUGCUCGCAAGGAGGAUCGUGGGGACCACGGUGCAGCAGGCAGAGCACUGUUCGAUUCAGGAUGCCCAGGCAGCAAUGAAACUCUACAUUCUGGUGAAGAAGGAGUGGGAGAGUAUGGCCCAGGACAGGCGCCCCACAACCGCUGCUCCAGACCGCAGCAGCGUCUCCUCCGUCCCUGGGCGGUUCUGA